AUGUUUUUCUCCGGUCACGAAACCGAAAGUAAAAACGGCACAGGUAUUCUGGUGUCUCGCAAGCUGCGUCAUUUUGUCACCGGUUGCAACCCCAUAAACGACAGGAUUAUGACCAUACGCAUAAACGGUAAUCCACUCCCAUUAAACAUCAUCCAAGUCUACGCACCCACAGCCCAGUCGACUAAAGAAGAUAUUGAAGAUUUCUACGGAAUCCUACAAACCACCAUAGAGAGCAUCUCUAAACGUGAGAUUCUAAUGAUUCAAGGAGAUUGGAAUGCGAAAAUAGGGAAUACUGAACAGGAUGACCACAUCCGUCACAUACUUGGGAAAUAUGGACUAGGCACCAGAAAUGAAAGGGGUGAAGUGCUCAUUGAUUUCUGUGUAAGUAACAACCUGACCAUAACUAACACCAGUUUUAAACACCACAAACGCAGGUUAUACACAUGGUCCUCUCCUGGUGACCGUUACCGCAACCAGAUAGAUUUCAUCACAAUUGCAAAUAGAUGGAAAUCAGCUGUAACAAACACAAGGACUUUUCCAGGUGCGGAUUGUGGCUCUGACCAUCAACUGCUAGUGGCAGACAUACGAGUACGUCUAAAAUCAUGCGGAAAGAAAGCAAAGCCUUUAACUAGACUCUCAGUACUGGAAUAUGAUUUCUUCCAAAAACAUUCGGAACCAAAACUAGCGGAAUUAGCCCCUAAAGUAGCACUUAUGAAUCCCGAAGAACAAUGGCAGCAGUUCAGUCAGAAAAUCGUCAGUACACUUAAUUCUAUGGCCAAAAAACCCAUAGACAAAAAGGAUUGGAUGUCAGAAGAGGUUUGGUCUAAUAUAAGUUUACGUAAAGAACUUAAACGUGGCGUAAGAUCUGAAAAAUUCGUGGGAGAGUACUCACAACUCACGAGUACAAUUCAAAGACAAUGUAGAAGAGAUAAAAACAAAUUUCUAGAAGACAUCUGUACUGAAAUCGAACGUCACGCAGUCAAAUAUCAAACUGCUGAUCUCUUCCGUAAGGUCAGGCAAAUAACGCGGAAGUUCAAACCAUCUUCGCGGGUGAUAGAGGACAAAAAUGGGAACCCUAUACAUGAAGUUGCCAAAAUAGCUGAGAGAUGGAGGGAAUAUUGUGAGGAACUAUAUAAGGACCAAAUACCCCAACACCAAUCUACUCCAUCUCUCGAAGUCACGGUAGAAGAGGAACCCUACAUACUCCGUUCAGAAAUUGAAGCCGCAAUCCGGAAGCUAAAAAACAAUAAAGCACCAGGACCUGAUAGAAUAACAGCGGAAGUGUUGAAAGGAUUGGGUCCAAAUGGCAUAAUGUGUUUGCAUAAUUUAUGUAGUAAGAUAUGGCAGACCGGAGAUUGGCCAUCUGAUUGGGUACACUCCUCUAUUCUUCCUCUUCACAAAAAAGGUUCGGUACGGAACUGUAAUAACUACAGAACCAUUGCACUGAUAUCCCAUGCCAGUAAAAUCCUGCUUUACAUCAUCAACGCGAGACUAAGAUCUUACCUGGACUGGCAAAUACCCCAGGAACAAGCCGGUUUUGUGAAGGGGAGGGGCACCAGAGAGCAAAUCCUGAACCUUUGA